AAUACAUAUUCCUCUGUUAUCUAUGCUAUUUCGAUCUUGAAUCCAAUAGUAUGUCUAUAAGGUUUUUAAGGAACAGUUUUCAGCUGAUAAUUAAGAGACUUUUUAGAUUGGUUAACAGUAACCAUAUUCAAAAAUGCAAGGCAUUAUAGUAUACAUAUUUUAGACUCCAAGUACAUAUGUACAACUCGCUUAAUUUAAAUUGUAGCAUGAUUGUUGUACACAUGAAUUGAAAGGACCAUCCCAAAAGCAGGCGUUCGAAAAGGAUAAACAUUGAUUCAUUGAUAAUUAGUUA